AUGGCGGCCAGCACGGCCACGGGGCAGCACAAUGGCGACAAGGGGCGCGAGCUCUUCUUCAUGUUCCGCGGCAAGGCCGGCGUCUUCGUGGGCACGCAGCCCCCGGUGCUGGGGCGCGACGAGGAGGUGGCCACCUACGUGGCGGGGAACUACUUCGGGGAGCUAGGCGUGCUCACGGGCAAGCCGCGCGCGGCCUGGAUCGUCGCCAGGACCUACGCGGUGUGCUCGGUGCUGCUGCCCUCCGCCAUCGAGGAGCUCGGCCAGAAGUGCCCGGGCGCCUUCACCAUCCUGGUGCAGUCCAUGGUGAAGUCGUACAAGUUGAAGCCCUCGAUGUCGUUGGAGGACGUGUCAGCUCUUCUGGACGAGCGUUUCGGCAGUAUCGAGGAGGCCUUCGACUGGUUCUGCAAGUGCGGCGAGGACCGGUGCGAGGACGAGAUGGGCUCCAGGGCGUUCGACGAGGCGCUGCGGCGCCUGAAGGUGCCAGAGCUGGACCGGAAGAUCUUUUGGGCAGAGAUGGACUCGGAGAACCGCGGCUCCGUGACGCACGCGCAGUUCUCCGCCAACUUCAUGGUCCGGGAGUUCCACGUCGCGGCGAAGCCGCCGAGAAAGCAGAGCAAGGCCGCCGCUGGGCCCCCCGCGGUGGCCGCCCGGGAGGACGACAUCAGCGCCUGGCUGGCCUCCCUGCGCUCCCACCCGCCCUCCCCGUCCAGCAGCAGCGUGCGCCCCCCCGGCGACCUUGGCGGCCUGCAGGCGCGCCGUCGCCGUCGGGCGGAUCGCCCCUCGUGCCGCGAGGUGCUCGGGGAGCUGGCCAAGAGCCGGGAGCAGGGCAGGCGGCUGCAGGAACAGAUCCGCGAGGCCAGGCGGGCGUGGACCUGCGCGGCGAGCGCCGACGACGGCCCGCCGCGGCAGCCCCCGCCGGGCGGCUGA